AUGCCAGACCCAGACUCUUCUACCAUCCCUUCUCCUUCACCCCCGUUUGCAACCACUUCUCCUCCUUCGCCUCCUAUCACAACUCAGGCUCCAGUCCCGAGCCGAACAGAUGUUCCGCCUGCUCCCACUGCAAUUCCAAUGGACCUUCCCACUGCUCAACAUUCUCCUUCAGCCCAACCUCCUACUCAGCCUUCUAUGUCAUCACAGCACCCAAGCACCGAGGAUGAUCCCUCGCGUCGCUCUUCGCCAGUUACAUCACCUCCAGAGCCAUCUCCUGUGCCUCCCUCGGCUCCUUCUGGGUCAGCUGCUGGACCUUCUAACUCCGCUGCGGGACCUUCACAACCGCCUCCACCGGUACAUCUCCAUUAUCACACCUCUACUCCUUCAGAGACUGGACUACAGUCAAGGCGAGACGUCCCCAUUAGCUCUUUAACCAUGAAAGGUCAUCUAUCCAUUGUGUGGGAAGAAAGCAGGCAUCAAAUGCAACUUUUGCCACCCCUUGCCCAGAUGGAUAGGUUUUCUGAGCUAUAUAUUAAGGACAAAAUUACUGAACUGGAACUGCAACUGAAUGACCCUGUUCAGGCCAGCCAUGCCCUGAGGGCCGAGAUAAAAGCUUUGACCAAAAAGAAGAACAGUCUGGAAGUAUCCCUAGCACAGGCCAACCGAGCACUUAAAGUUGUCUAG